AUAUAGUAGUCAACUGAAUAGAGUAGUAGAAAAGAUAAGUCACUGGAAUGUCCAGAAAGAGUGAUCUGAAUUAGAAUAGCAUCAAUGAAGGUGACGGUGAGUAAACAGACUUGAAUUAUUCGGUAAACAGAAACCUCAGGACUUGGUGAUUGGUUGAUUAGAUACUAUGGAGAGAUGUGAUACGGAGAAGUCUAACAUAUAACAUGAUAUUUGACUUGGGCCACUGAGAUAACGAAAAGUACAGAUGUUGCUAGAAUCUGGAAAUCAAAAGAGAAGAAGACAAGUUCUGGAAUUAUAUGUUUGUUAUUUACCAAUAUAUGGAUGGUAAAUGAAAUCACGGGAGUGGAUGACAUUAAGAAGAAAUAAUAGAAUAUGGCCAGAAAAUUGCCAAGGAUGGGAAGAGCUAUACUUAAGGGUGGAGCAAUAAAGACACACCAGCAAAGAGGCAGAGAGGAACUGGAAUAAUAGAAAUACAGAGAAAAACUGGUGAGGGCAAUGUUAUCAAAGAAAGUUCAGUAGUGAGCCUGGUGGAAUUCAUAAGGGUGGAGUAGAUAAUACUAAAGGUGAUGAUGACCGUGGUACUGCUUGGGAUGUUGUGAAUGUUAGUGAAGCUGAAGAAUUAGUAACCAGAAAUAUCCAUUUAUUUUCAGCUCAAUCCCCGAGGAAUGUCAGCCCAAUAUUCACGCAGUCUUCAAUUCAUGCCGCUGUCCAACAUUACUCAGUUUAGCCCCAUGUUCUAUCUCACCAGCUUUCCUGGAUUGGAAGCCAUCAAACACUGGAUUUUCAUCCCCUUUUUCUUUAUGUACAUGGUGGCCAUCUCAGGCAAUUGUUUCAUUCUGAUCAUUAUUAAGACCAGCCCUCGUCUGCACACACCCAUGUACUAUCUACUGUCCUUGCUGGCCCUCACUGACCUGGGGCUGUGUGUGUCCACCUUACCCACCACUAUGGGGAUUUUCUGGUUUAACUCCCAUCAUAUCUACUUUGGAGCAUGUCAAAUCCAGAUGUUCUGCAUCCACUCAUUUUCCUUCAUGGAGUCCUCGGUGCUCCUCAUCAUGUCCUUUGACCGCUUUGUGGCCAUCUGCCACCCUCUGAGGUAUUCAGUCAUUAUCACUGACCAGCGAGUGGUCAGGGCGGGCCUGAUUGUCAUUUUCCGGGGACCUGUGGCCACUAUCCCUAUUGUCCUCCUCCUGAAGGCUUUUUCUUACUGUGGAUCUGUGGUCCUCUCCCACUCGUUUUGCCUGCACCAGGAAGUGAUACAGCUAGCCUGCACAGAUACCACUUUCAAUAACCUGUAUGGACUGAUGGUAGUAGCUUUCACUGUGAUGCUGGACCUGGUGCUCAUCGCACUGUCCUAUGGACUCAUCCUGCUCACAGUAGCAGGCCUGGCCUCCCAGGAGGACCAGCACCGUGCCUUUCAGACAUGCACUGCUCAUCUCUGUGCUGUGCUAGUAUUCUUUGUGCCCAUGAUGGGGCUGUCCCUGGUGCACCGUUUUGGGAAGCAUGCCCCACCUGCUUUUCAUCUUCUUAUGGCCAAUGUCUACCUUUUUGUGCCUCCCAUGCUUAACCCAAUCAUAUACAGUAUUAAGACCAAGGAGAUCCGCCGUGUCAUUAUCAAGUUCCUAGGUCUUAAAAAGGCCAGUUCUGAGUCCUGGGGCUAAAACUGCCCCUGGGUGCCUAUAAGAAGGCCCCAAAUU